AUGUUAUUCGUAAUGUUCUUUUUAAUUCAUCUCUAUCCCGUAAACAGUCUUUAUUGUAAAUUACCUUGUGAAUAUGAAUUAGAUAUUAAUGGAACAACAUUUAACGAUAAAAUAAACUGCCAUGAUUUAACAGACCAGUAUUCACAGUGUAUUGUCCAAAUAAUUUUUAAGUAUGGAUUAGUACAGGGACUAACGCCGAUCCCACCAUCAAUAAAAAUUCAAUAUAUUUCUAAUACUAAAACACCAAAUGAACCAUCAAACAUAAACAUAUAUCAUCAAUUACAAACUCAUGUGGAAUUUACAGAUACUGAUGAUAAUAAUGCAAUGUUGACUACUAUUACGAUAAACUUUGCAUGCAAAGAUGGCGAUAAAUGUGAUGAAAACUAUGUUAAAUCGAUGUUACCAAUUUCAUUAAAUAAUGAAAAAACAUAUAAAUCGUUUAAAGUAAAUAUAAGUCGAACGAUUUUUUUGGCAGAGAAUUAUUUUGAAAAUGAUAAUAUACGAUGUUAUACUUUUUCAUCAAAGAGACCAUCGCAAUCUGAAAUGUCAAAUUUAAGUCGUGUAGUUUUUAAUAAUAAUCAGCCACCAGAAACCAUAAUUGCAAACCCAUCAGAAACUACGACUGUAAAACCAUCAGAAACUACAACUACAGACCCAUCAGAAACUACAACUGCAGACCCAUCAGAAACUACAACUGCAAACCCAUCAGAAACUUCAACUGCAAACCCAUCAGAAACUUCAACUGCAAACCCAUCAGAAACUACAACUGCAAACCCAUCAGAAACUACAACUGCAGACCCAUCAGAAACUACAACUGCAGACCCAUCAGAAACUACAACUGCAGACCCAUCAGAAACUUCAACUGUAAAACCAUCAGAAACUACGACUGCAAACCCAUCAGAAACUACAACUGCAAACCCAUCAGAAACUUCAACUGCAAAACCAUCAGAAACUACAACUGCAAACCCAUUAGAAACUACAACUGUAAAACCAUCAGAAACUAUGACUGCAAACCCAUCAGAAACUUCAACUGCAAAACCAUCAGAAACUACAACUGCAAACCCAUUAGAAACUACACCUGUAAAACCAUCAGAAACUACGACUGCAAACCCAUCAGAAACUUCAACUGCAAAACCGUCAGAAACUACAACUGUAAAACCAUCAGAAACUACCGCUACAGAAUCCUCAAUAAAUACAACUGCAGAAACGACGACGAACUAUGUCGUAACGUCAGCCAAGUAA